CCGCCGCUUGUAUCAUGGCGAGGUGGCGCGCGGUCGUCGCGGCGUAUAUAUUGGUGACCUUGGCCGUGUGCGGGGCCAACCAAGUAGUCUCCGAUGGCGCAUCGAGCUACUAUGUGUCGAGAGCACAGAAGACCUCAUCCACGGACUGGCGCAUCAACAGUGACGAUGUUCAUGUGAUAAGUGCCAAGGCAGCUUCCGACGGCACGAUCACGUGGUCCAACUCGUUGGAUUCCGGUGCGACCGAGCUCGUUGGCGCGAAUGCGUUGGAUGCGAGUGGGAAUUUGUACAUUGUCGGGUCGACCAAAGGCAACGUCACGGCGGACACGUGCAACGCGGGCAGCUUCGACUUGUUUCUGACCAAGUUGUCUGCUACAGGAACGCAGCAGUGGAUCGCUCAAAUUGGCACCCCACAGCACGACGAGGCGCGGCAUGUGCUGCUUCAAACUGAAAGCGACGGGAACGAGUACGUGUACGUGUGUGGCGUCACGUUUGGAGCCAUGGACGAAGCGCUACACGCAACGAAUGGGUACCGACAGUUUGGCGGGCGCGAUGUGUUUGUCAUCAAGUUCACCACGGGCGGUCGAAAAUUGUGGAGCCGCCAAGUACGUGAAGCGAAUGAUCUUGCGCCACUACCUGUGCGCCAAUGGUUCGUGUAGUUCGGAACGUCGGCGAGUGAUUUCACGUAUGGUCUCAGCAAGAGCGAGGACGGCAGUGUAGUCAUCGCUGGUGGAGGGGGGGCGGGGCACACGCAGGUCAAGUUUCUGGCCAUGUUUAGUCCAGCGGGCCAGUUGGUGAACCACGUCGUGGACGGGGGGGUGUCGAUCCUACCGAUCCAAACGCGCCUCGCCGAGACGCCAUCGCCAACGAUCGGUCGAUACACACUCGUGCUCAAUCGCAAACCCACUGCGCCCGUGACCGUGGCCGUAUCGAGUCCUGCGAUCCCGUCUCCCUCGGGUGAAGCGAUUGCACAAGUGCUGUUUGCCCCAGCGGCCGUCUUGUUUACGCCAGAGAACUGGAACUUACCCCAAGAAGUGACUGUCACCGCCAUCGACGACAGCAUCGCGGAGGAUACGCACUAUGGGCAUGUGACGCACGCCGUUGUAAGCGCGGACUCGCACUUUGCCCCCACGACGCCAUUCGUCCUCGGCAAAGUGGUGACGUUUACCGUGACAGACAAUGAUCGAGCCACCGUGCAGCUCUCGCGCUCGAACUUGUACACCGUGGAAGGCGGAGCUACCGACCGAUACGGAGUCGUCCUGGCGACACGGCCGUGGUUCGACGUCACCGUGACUGCGGUCGCCAUGCGGCCCCUCCAAACCCAGCUCGUGCCAUCACACGUGGUCUUUACGCCACAGAACUGGAACGUCGUCCAAUGGAUCGUUGUCCGCGCUGUCGACGACAACGUGUCCGAGAACGAAUUCGGCGGUGUGCACCACGGCGGGUCCAUCGUGCAUUACGCGACCAGCCGCGACUGUUUCUACAACACGCGUCAGCCGUCGUGCUACUACCUCGCCACAUGCGACUGUGCAGGCAUCGUCACGCGAGGGUCGUGUACUUCCGUACAGAUCUCUGCGGCAUGUGCGGCGGGAACCCCCCUGCUUGUGUGCGACGUGGACGCCAACGCGACUGCCCCGCUCGGAAACGGCGUGUCAGUCGUACAACUUCGGGGCGGCAACCUGACCAGCCCACUAGAAGCUAUACCAGUGCGAUAUGGCCACGACGCUCUGAAUCCCAACCCGCCGACGUCUGUUUCCACAAUGGUGAACAGCCUAUCGGAAACGAUUGAAUUGCCCGUGCGCUAUGUCCAUUUGGACAGCCGCAACCCGAAUCCUGUGAGCUCCAACGUGCCCGGGCUCGUCCUCACCGCCAUUCCAGCGGACGUCUUGGGUUAUCUUUACACGUUCGCGGGCGUACUCGACGGACCUGGCUUGGCUACGUUGGCGCAAGACCCAGCCAAGUUGCUGUGGCAACUCUGCCUCGGCGUUCAACGCCUCACGACACAGCGGUGGGCGUUCGAAUCGUGGCCUCCUGGAAUGGCCGACCGAGUACUCGACGCACUCUUUCGUAUUCUGCCAAGUUCAGUCGUCCGAGAGAACCAGUUGUGGAACUGCGGCAUGGCUUUGUUCGCCCCCCAGCCCGAGCUGCUUGUGACGGUUUUUGACAACGACCCAGCUGUGACGCUUUCGUCGCCGCUGCUUCAAGUGAGCGAAGGCAGUGGCGCAACGAGUCAGUACACCGUCGUGCUGCACGCCCCGCCGUCCGUAUCGGGAGCGGCAUCGGCCGUAUCGUUCUGUGACGCCUCCCCAAACUUGAACGUGUGCCGUACGACACUGCCGCCGGCAUUUUUCACGUCGGCAUUUCCGCCUGGGGCUGGAUCGGACACGGUGCGUGCAGAGUCAAUUGAAAUACGUCGGGUUGACCUAGCACUGUGGCAGGUGUCCGUGGUCGCGCAAUCGUCUGCUCAGUUGCGGAUUUCGCCCCAGUUUGUCCAGUUCACCAACGCCAACUGGUUCAUUCCACAGUCCUUUACCGUGUCGGCCGUCGACGACGCAGUUGCCCAGGGCACGCUGAACACGUCUAUCACGCACACCAUCUUCGGUCCGGCGUCGUAUGCAAAUGCAGCGUUCUGGUUCAAGCACGAGAUUCCGCCGACCAACCUCCCGGACACGUUCCCGCUCCCGCUUCCUUACAAUGCCGUGCCGACCGUUUUGCAAGCCCCGGACCAUCGCCGCAUUCAAGUCGUGGUGGCAGACAACGACCAGGCUGGGGUCGUCGUUUCCAAGUCACUGCUGAGCUUAAAGCAGUCGGCAGGCGCCACGAAUCAUGUGGGGGAUACUGUGCGUGGGACGUGCGUCGACAGUCUAACGGUGGUCCCUGGUCUCGGCGUCCAGCGGAACGUGCUGCUCUUGACAGACGCGUCGAAGACAUUGCUCAAGUUUCACGUCCCGACGCUGCACCUGACCGCGUUCCAGUCAUCCGUGUCGUCGGCGUCGAUCGUGCUCUUCCGAACACAGUACGACGUGGUCAAUUCGUCCCAGCUCAACUCGACGACGGGCAGCGCGCUGUACCCCACGGCGCUGCUUCGUGUUUCGCUUGUUGCGAGCGACUGGUCCGAAUCGACAUUCGAUACGACGUCGCCCCUGCCGCCAGCCAUGCCGUUCGCCGCGAUCGAGCAAAACGUGACCCUCAGCACCGACUUCACCUUGACCAUCGACGUGACCGCGUUGCUCAAAUCCGUGUCCCCGUUGUUCGUCGUGUCGUUCCUGGUCGACAUUGUGCACGACCCAGCGAACCUGCAAAUGCACUCGCGUGCCCAUCUGGAAAACCUCCCCCCCGUCCUUGUUGUUGAGACGGAAUAUCCCAACCUACUGGCGAGUCGACCGGUUGUCCAACCCAGCAGCAGCCAUGUUGUCGCUACGACGGACGGCAGCCGCACGACGUCAGGAGAUGCGAUCGUGUCGUGGUGGGAGGGGACCCUUGCGACCACGAUGCCUUCGGGAACCCUCGCCAUCUUCUUACCGCUGGCUGUCACAACAGGAUAUCUGGAUAUUGUGGUCGCCACCGACCCAUUCGACCCGACGUGGGACUUGGCCACGGCGCAAGCCCAAGGGACAGCAUUUCGGCGUGUGCCAAUUCUACGUCCUGUGCUGCUGUGGCCCGUGAAAGCCGCGGCACGAUGCAUUCGCAUUUACGCGCCGUCGAUCGCCCUGGCCGAAGUUGAGUUCUACGGUCCAGGCAUCACCAUCACGACGACGGAUGACGGGUGGGGUCUUCGGUCGACAACUGCAUUGCUCGAGCCAAAACUCAACGACGGACUGUUGCGAACGUCGUGGGAAUUUGCAUCGGGGGCGUUUGUGUCAGACGACAACGUGGCUAUUGGGAUGCCUACGACACAGAGCAGUGUCGGAACACUUUCGUUGUCGACAGCAUUUGAAAACAACCCGUGGUGGGGUAUCGAUCUUGGCUCCGUCGUUUCCAUCGGCGACGUGUCUCUGACGCUUGGCCGGACGCUGGACGAACUUGCAGCAUGCGCAAGCCCGACCAUGCCCGUGAACGCAGCGACCAUUUCGUCCUUCACAUCGUUGCGGCUGCGCCUUUCGACUGUGUCCAUGACUGGAACACCCGAUCCUACCAAGGAAGUGUCGCUGACAAAGCCGCUCGGGGAAUGCUUUUCCCGACGAGUGGACUGGCCAGUCUACGCCUCUGGACGGUACCUGCGCGUCGAACUGACUGGCCGUGGGAUUCUGGCAGUCCAGGACGUCGAAGUGCGUCGGUGGCGCGCCGAAAUGACGCGAUAUGUCCUCUUGGAGCUUCGCGGGACGGGUCAACGGCCCAUCGCGUUGCCGGCGUUUACGUUUAUGGACUCGACGACAAAGUUGCUGCCGUACCGCAUCCACAGCAUGAGCUCCCCGCAGUCGUUUGACGUGCUGCAGCCGUGGGGAGCGUCGUGCUUCCAGGCUGCCGCCGCGUCGUAUCGCGAAUGGAUUGUCGUGGACUUCAGUUCGGUCCAACAGGUUCAGAGUAUUCAAAUGAGCUUCGACACGUCCGCGUGCGCGGGGGCUGUCGAGCCCGUAAGCGCCUUCUCGAUAUCAGUGUACGGCGACCCCAAGCUCGCCCGGACAGUGCCCCCCACCGCAUCAUCCACAGACCCUUGCGCAUGUACAUCGUCCAUCCUCGGCGUCAUAUCGGCAGCACUUCCUUCGUCAUGUGCCAACCAGUGCGCGACAUUUCAAUGUCCAACCUGCGUCGUCAACUCGUAUUCGAAUGGCAUGAUCGGGGAAACGCUAUUCGCGUCGGGCUUUCUCGACAUCGCGCUUCUCGUGCCCCCGCCGUCGCUUCCAACCCAAGACAUUGUCCUCCUUCCAACCGGCUACCGAGCGAUCCUUCUUCGAGAUCAACCGUUGAGCUACUGGCGACUUCAAAAAGCAAACGCCGACAGCCAAGUCCAAGUCGGCCACGCCACGUUUGGGACAUCGUCGAGUUGGCCACUCGGGUUUGCCGUCCUGAACAACGCGAAUCUUGUCCUGACAGCACCACCACCGAGCCGCGUGCAAUGGUUUGGUCAGUCCUAUCUCAAUGCUGGAGACAGUUCGUUCUCGAUCGAGUUCUGGGUCUCGUUUCCAAGCGGUGCUCCCGCAACACCACUGGUCUUGGUAUCGUACGCGGCUCCGCCACCAUCGGCAUCGUACGAGAUUGGCGUGUUUGCCAACCAGACGACGUUCUUUGCGUUGACCUACGGCGGUGUGACUACCAGCCUCGUGGGACCAGCGAUUGGCACCGCCCCAAACGUGUGGACUCACGUUGUGGCCACGUAUGACUGGAGCUCGCAAGUGCAAACGCUGGCCUCGAACGGGUGGAAUGUUGUGACGAAUGACUUGACCACGUCCGACUCGGUCCUCGUUCGUCGCAGCGACACGAUUUCGCUACUGUGGACAGGCACGUUCACGUUGGCGUCCGGUUCAGUGCCGUGGCGGGUUGCCCACGUGGCGUCGUACCAGCGGGCGCUGACCAACUACGAAACCCUCGAGCACUUUUACUACUCGACACCGUCGAAAAGCUACGCGACAUAUGCAAUCAACCUCUCAUCGCAACCGUCGACGCCGGUGGACGUGGACGUGGUCACCGAAGUUCAGUGCUACCGAUGGGGGCUGUGCAACACAAGUGCGAUUCCUCCAACACUGAGAUUCACGGCCCAGAAUUGGAACACUCCGCAGCACGUUAUCGUCCACGGCACGGACGACUCGUUGGCCCAGGGCCUCCAACUCCUGGCGAACCAGCACCGAGCGUUCUGCGCGCCAGCGUCGUCCCCGUCCAUCCAAAUCGUGACUCCAACCUACUCGGAAGCGUCUCGCGCCAGCGUGUCAAAGUACUUUCGCGACCUUCUCCUCAACCAAGCGACCGCUGCAUCGCUCAACCAAACAGUCGACAGUUUGUUGUCGAUGGAGUGGGCUGGCCAGACCACGUCGACAACAUGGGUGCCCCAAGCGAGCUACGCCGACGUCACGGCACCUCCCGUGGAACUGAAACUCCAAAGCAUGGCCGUUGCUGGUGUCGUGUUGUCAUCGCCGUACUUGACCGUGUCGGAAGAUGGCCUUCACGCGGUGUUCGAAGUCGCGCUUGCCACGGAACCCAAGCACGAUGUCCACAUCCACUUCAACGCCAGCACCGACUGCUACCGACCCUGCGGUGUCCCGACGGCGCAAAACGCAUGUCCAGUCGUGGCGGCGCCUCUUGUCGGCAACGAGUCAUGGUUGUGCAAUGCCACCGUCUCCCCGACUUCCAUCGUGUUCACACCAGCCACAUGGGGGAUUCCUCAAGCCGUGACGGUCCAAGCGGUGGACGAUCACUUAGACGAAGCGGACGUUCAUUUUACAGCGAUCAAAACCACGACAGUCAGUCAAGAUCCGGACUACGACCGCGCGUUGCUCCCAAACAUCCGCGUUGCUGUAGAAGACAACGACGUGUCCCAAGUCGUGGCGUCUCGGUCGUUGUUGUCGUUGACGGAAGCGCGGCCAGCCGACGAAGAAAAUUACACACUUGUCUUGACGACUGAACCAUGGUCCGAGGUCAAUAUUUCCGUCAGCAACGAAGCCGCCAACGAGUGCUACCGUCUUUGCGGCUACCCUCUCGACAUGAGCUCAUGCGGGCUGCCUCGAGCGUUGGCGGCCAACUCGAUCGCGCUCGGGACAUCGUCGUCGAAAGAGCUGCAAACUGUCACGGCAUCGAUGACGACGACAAACGCCAUUCAGCGCGUCAUGACGUCGACGACUCACGUGAACCCGAUCUUCCAGUUGACCAUGACCGGAGGGUAUGUUCUCGAAGUUUGGACUCUUCAGAUUUUGUUUCCGUCCACCGCUCAGUACUCGUCGUCUGCUCCGUUCGGUACCACAUUCACGCUGCGGUUGAAUUCGAUGGUGAACGCGGCGCCGUUGGACGCAUUUGCAAGCGCAUCGCAGGUUCAAGCGGCACUCAAUGCCGCUGUCGCAAGCGCGGUGUACAGUGUGGCUUUGACGGUGGAUUCAUCGUCUCAGCAGCUCGUCUUGUCGUGGCGCAUCACGUACUUGGCAGGGGGGCCAGUUCCUGCACUCAGCGUUGCUGUGGCCCCGUUCCCGGCGGUGGCACUUGUGAAUCGUACGACAGCAUUGCAAUCACCGUCCGGUUCGAUCGUGGUUGGGUACGGUAAUCAAAAGCCAUUGCUUGGUGUUGCAUGGAAUGCCACGGCCGAUCAGGUGGCUGCCUACCUCACCUCUCAAACCACGGUCAAGGACGUGAUGGUAUCGCAGAGCACUGGCCGCGGUCCCAAUGUCACGUGGGCAAUCACAUUCACGUCCGUUCCAGCGUUCUUUCCAAGCCUGAUUGUGGACGCGUCCAAGCUGAUCGGUGCACCAGGUGCAGCCGCACCCAUCGACGUGACGUGGACGUGCCUCCAGCAAGCAAAUACCGUGAGCGGAUGGUUCCAGCUAUCGUAUCCAGUCAACACAACGUUUGUGGCGUCGUCCGCUCCCUUGCCUUACAACGCCACCGAAGUUGAGGUUGUCCAGGCCAUGGCGGCGAUCCCGACGGUCGGCCAAGUGCAAGUCCGUCGCCGGGCGCUGUCGCCCGAGCUCACGUUUGAAUGGACAAUCGAGUUUGCAGGAAACGUGGGGCAGGUUGCCAACCUCACGGCAAAAUCGCUCAACCUGACUGGCCUUGGCUCGACCGUUGUCAGCGCCUUUGUUCAGCAAGGCGCGGCACUGUCUGGAUCGUUCCAAUUGCAACUGGGGGGCCGAUUCAAAUUCAUGUACCCGACGACGGAAAUCUACGACAAGGUCGUGUCGCCCCAAACAACCCCGUCUCUUCCGUUCAAUGCGAACGCGUCCGCUGUCCAAGCCGCGCUCUUGGCGCUUCCGCUCGGAGUCGCGUUGACAGGCAUUGAAGUGACGCGGUCAGACGCCCGAUGCGACGUGUUUGGACGAUGCCGAGAGUACACGUGGGCUAUCUCGUUCCCGAAUACGCCCGGUGACAUUCCUUCCAUUGUCGGCACGAGUCAACUCCGUGGCCCAGGAGCUGCGUUGUCCGUGGUCACAGUUGCCAAUGGAACGUACUUGACGGGCUCGUUUCGAGUGUCUCUCACGUUAAACGAGUCGGGCAGGGUCCAUCGAGGGACGACGUGGCCGCUGCCAGUGAACGUCACGUCGGACGGCGUGAAAGAAGCGCUCGAAGCACUGCCGUUUGUCACUUCAUCUCGCCAAGAAGACAGUGCGUUCGACCCCGCGAAUCCUCUGGUCAUUCCAAAGGCGACCAAAGGCGUUCGAGUGUCCCGUCAAGGACCUGCGUUGGAUGGCGGAUACAUGUGGCAUUUGGACUGGUCUCUCAACGACUGGCUCCGCUUCACCGACGUUGGCAUAUCCGUCGACACGACGUCGGUUGGGCAAGAAGUAGUGCCGCCGUUGGUAGCCACGCAAUUUGGUCCGACCGGUGCUCGAUGUGCUCCGUACCCGUCGACGACAUUUCAAUUGGAUCCUACCGACGUGUUUGGCUUGCGAGGGUAUUGCGUGUACCCGCUCGUCGUCAUGGUGAGCCCCGACCGGUACCUUUGUAAUGCCACGAUCUUGACGCCGCGGCCAAAAUUUGACGCUUCCAACUGGUACAUACCGCAAGAAAUUCACGUCGCGCCAGUGCACGACCACCUCGAUGAAACGACGCCGACUUCCAACACAACGCAGUCCAUGCUCAUGCACUUUCCAUACACACUCGACAUGAUCUAUGCUGGCAUGGCCGUUCCCAACGUCACGGUUGACGUCGAAGACAUCGAUCGGGCCCAGGUGGUAGUGUCCCGAACCCUCUUGACCGUCAGUGAAAACGGCACGCUGACCGACACGUACACGUUGACGCUCAUGACGGAACCUCGCGCCAACGUCCUCGUCGUUGUGUACCCGUGGCUCGAUUCACAAAACACCAGUUGCUACCGGUUUGGUGUGUGCAACAUCACGCUCGACACGACUAACGUCACAUUCACACCACAGAAUUGGUACCUCCCGCAGCAAGUCCGCAUGCGCGCCACGAACGAUGCGCUUGACGAAGCCGAUGUUCACUACAGUGGCAUCUCGCACGCCGUGUUCAGCUCCGAUCCAAAGUACCAUCGCUUGGCAGUCCCGACGAUCGACGUUGUCAUUUAUGACGACGACGUGUCGGCGUUCAUCACGUCCAAGAGCACCGUCGUCGUGGCGGAGCUCGGGCGCGCGGACGAGUACACGAUCGUGCUGUCGUCCGAGCCGUUUGCCAAAGUCACGAUAUCGCCCGUUUCCAACGGCACGGACGCGCUCGGCAACGUCAUUGUGCUCCCGCCCCCUGUUGUGUUUACUUGGAGGAACUGGAACAUUCCUCAGCGGAUGCCGGUGCAAGCAUUUCACGACUGGACUGUGGAUCCGCUGCCGCACACGACCCUGCUUUCGCACACUGUCGCGACCAACGAUCUCAUCUAUGCUCAAAAACCCGUCGCGAACGUGACGGUGUUCACGGUCGACACGAACGUCGCCGGUGUGGUGCUGUCGCACGCGUCGGUGAACGGCACCGAAGGCGACGUUGUGUCGUAUGCGCUCCGGCUCAGCUCCAAGCCAUGGUUUCCUGUCAACGUCACGUUCAAUGCAUCGCAAGGAUGUUAUCAGAGUGUGGUCGGGCAAAAGUGCAAUGUCACGAUGGCGACGACGUCGCUCCAGUUUACCAACGCGACAUGGGACAAGUGGCAAUUCGUGGCCGUGGCGAUCACGCUCGACAAUCUGCACGAAGCGCCCGUGCACACGGCCACGAUCAGCCACACGUUGUCGUCGCGCGAUCCUGACUAUGGCGUGACGGUGGCAGCCCCGUCCAUGACGAUUCGCAUCACGGAUGUCGACAAGUCUGGGGUUAUCGUGCGAACGCCGUCGUCCAAGCUAACUGUUGCGCAAGGCAGCUUCAACGCAUCAUACAGUUUGGCGCUUGCGUCCGAGCCGUACGACAACGUGACAGUAUUCUUGUCCGUUCCGUUGGAAGCAUUCGUGCCACGGGGCGCAUUUGACAACACUAGCGUUGUCCAGGAACCGUUGGUGUACGUCGCCAGCGCCACCAACUCGUCCCAAGUCUUGCGCUUCAUCGUGUUUACGCCAUGGGACUGGAAUGACUAUCGAUCUGUCGUCCUGUCAGCCCUCACAACGGGGUCCUCGAAGCCUCUGUCGAUGCAAACGACAGUGUCCCAUCGCCCGUUGUCCAGGGAUGGUCGGUACAACGCAUCGUCUUCCCCCGUCGUGGUUGCCACGGUCCUCGGUCGAGAAGACUUUCCGCCCCCGAUUCCCAUUCGUGCGGCGUUCGACGGCACUGGCGUUGUCGUCGUCAUCUCAUUUGACUCUCCGGUGUUUCAUGCAGCAACUAUGACAGUAGACAAAUCCAAGCCCAUCGACCAGCUCACGGCACGAUAUGUCCUGCCCAGCGCCUUUUUCAGCUGCGACCUUGUGUGGAAUGUGACGACGUCCGCCGGAUACCUCGGCGACGGGGCAAAGUGUCUCUGGCUGGACCUCCAAACGCUUCAAAUCACGCUGGGGAACCGCGCCACUCUCCUGCCUUCCCACACGCUGACGCUGCAAUCCUGUGCUCCCACCUACUUCAUCAAUGGCGUGUGCACGUCCCCAUUUGUCGUGAAAGCACGCGACUUCAACGUUUUGUACACCACCGCCUCGAUUGCCGUCACGGUCGGCCCGUCCGUGGUGAAACCAAACAUCGUGCUCGUUGGAGCAAAAUUCAUUGGCCCUUGCGGCGACUUGACGGUCGAUGCGACUGCCUCGACGGGCAACGCGAACCGUCCAUUUCGAAUCAAGUGGUUUGGAAUUUUGACUUCGGCCAUUCCGUCUGACGUGCCUCUGACCAACGCCACCGCGCUGCAUGCCGCCGCCACGACAUUCUACUCCACGCUCACGCCUCUGUGCGGGUCGCCUUAUGACUCGAUGACAAGCCCGCUGUCGAGCGAGGACGAAUUCACUUCCAUGUGCAAACUCGCGUCGCUCGCGGCGUCUGCCACGUCCCUGAUGUGGACUGUGAAUCGCGCCGACUUGGUGUCGGCGACGUCGUACGUGUUUGGCGUCGAGCUGACCAACUACUUCAACGAGAAGUCUGCGUCCUCGUAUACCGUUCAAACUCUAAGCGACCCCGUUCCGGUGGUGUCGAUCGCGGGAGCGACAACCCUCUCCAUUCGCCGUCCCAAUGCGUUGCUGCUGUCGGCAACGACUGCACCCGUCGUGACCAACUGCUCAACGGUACAAUCCACGUCCAAGGUGCAGUUUCAGUGGACGGUGGAAUCUCCACCAACUUGGACUCUGGUCAACACGGCAGUGGACCCACGGUCGUUUUCGCUCGCCCCCAACGUCCUGCAGGCGGGCACCGCCUACCGCUUUCGAGUGGAUGCAUUUUAUCCAUCGCAGCCAACGCUCAAGUCAUCUGACUGGGCCACUGUCACAGUCACACCGAGUGAUCUCGUGGCAAAGCUGGUCAAUGGCGACCACGUUGUUGGGUCGGCCGAUCCGUUGGUCGUGAACGCAUCACUGUCGUUCGACCCCGAUCGGAUCCCCAUCCCGUUAACGUUUGUGUGGUCGUGCCAAGAUGUCACGGCGAACGUGAAUCGAUCUGGGGCGUCCAUGGACGCCGCACGGCCAUGCAUCAAUCCCCAGACAAGUUCUGUCAUUGCCAUGUCGACGGUGAACUCGUCUGUCUUGGUGCUGCCAGCGCUGUCGUAUGCACCAGCAAAGGUGCUCAACAUAUCGGUGUCGGUGGUUCAGAACUGCACGGGGUCGAUGGUGUGUUCGACGACUCGGACGCGAUCGGUGAGCGUCAUGGUGACGACUGUCAGUGGUCGCGUCCCCGUUGUGCGCUGCCAGUCCAUUCAAACCCGAGUGAAUCCGACCGCUAGAGUCAUGCUGACCGCAUCCGUCGAGUCGCUGUACCCAUACACGACAAUGUGGAGCCAAGACCAAGGGGACUUAGUCCUGAGCUCGAGAAAUUCGUCGGUGGGCAGCGUAACGUUGUCUCCGUUUGUAUUUCCCCUCUCGACCAUGCAAAACGCCAUUGCGGCCAACACACUCACGCCUGGCAAGACGUACAUCUUUCGGCUCACGGCCACAGACUCGAACGGCGCGCAGGGAUUUGGGACAGUCUCCAUCACAGUGAACAGCCCACCGACCCCCGGUACUCUGACAAUUUCACCGCCGAUCGGGAUGGCGAUCCAAGAUCAAUUUACGCUCCGCUGUGAAAACUGGAGUGACGAGGACCAGCCGCUCCAGUACUCGUUUUUCAAGCUCGAUUCGUCAACGCGCGGGUGGGUCCCCCUUUCAUCCCCCCAGUCCCUCCCGAGCACACAAACUCGCCUCUUUCUAACCAACACGUCCGAAACAAACGGCACGGUGCAAGUCAUCGCUGUCGUCACAGACGCCAUGGGGGCGUCGACCACUGUCGCCGCAUCCACAGUGGUCGUCCAGCCCAUCGUCUACGACCCUGCUGCCUUUUGGACAGCCACCAGCAACGGAACGUUUGCCACGUCACUCAACUCGGGCAACUUGAACGAUGCCAUGACUGUCCUCAUGUCCACGUCAGCGCUUGUCAGUGUCAAGGCGUCGUGCAAUGCCACGUCCUGCGGCGAGAACGGUCGAUGCAACAAUGUGACGGCGGCGUGCGAUUGCGUGCCCGGGUACACUGGGUCGACCUGUUCCAUGUCGACAGCCGUCGUGACCGCAAUGACGUCCGACAUGCUGUCGUCGCUGGCGUCGGUGACGACCAUGAUGGACCCCACGCCAGCGUCGCUUACGCAAACCAUUUACACUCUGAGCAACAUUGUCGCCUUGAAUGAUGUGUCGACCAUGGACGCAGCGAACGUGGCGACGGCUGCAAACAUGUUGAAGGAUACGACGUCAUCCAUGAUGGCCCAAGAAGACCCGUCCACAAUCGUCACGUCAGUGGGCUCUACGGUCUUGACGGCCGCAAGUUCGUUGCUUCAGUCGACGAAGAAAGACCUCACGACAACCACUGCUUCCCCAUCCCGUCGUCGUCUGGCAGACUCUGCCUGGGCAGAUGGCACCAGCUCAACACUGAUGCAAUCGCUGUUUUACAUGGCUGCCAUGAGCAGUCUCCAUCUCUUGGCUGGGGAACUGCCGGUCAAAAUUCGUUCGAGUGGCGUCGCAACGUUUUCGGUGUUCGGGAGCAAGCUGACGUUUGCAGCGGACGAUUCUACUCCCUUCACAUCGACCGUUCAGUUGACUCCCGCGGCAGCUACUUGUCUCGGGGAUUCAUUCUUCACCGACGUUGUGGUGUGGACACUGCCGAGCCACACCCGCGCGCUGGCCAAAGACACACCUCCACUCGCUCCCUCCGUCACAGUCGCCAUUCACACGACGACGGCACUGUUGGAGGCUCGAUACCAAGGCCAACCGCUGACCAUGUCGACGAUUGCGUCAAAUGAUCCGUGCUUGCGCGAUCAAAACCUGAAAGCCGGCAACGUGGACGCCAGCCGUCCCUUGGUCGCUCUCACGUUCGGCCAUUCGGCGCUGACGACAGGGCCACGGUUUACCACGGCAUGCCGGUUGUGGAAUUCUGCCACGAGCUCUUGGGAUGCCACCUCUGUCUGCUCCAAGGACACACUGCGCAGCACCGCAACGUCCACGACGUGUGUGUGCGAUGCCUUGAUGAAUAUCGAGGUGGUCGUGGUGUCGGAAGAGAUCCUGUCAUUUGUUCCCGAGCACCCUACGCUGUUUCGCAACGAAAACCCGUCGGUGGUGCCCGUGGCGACGCUCAGUGUGUUGCUCGUGGCGUAUGCUGCGGGUCUUGUUUGGGGGAACCGUCGCGACAAAGCCGACAAAGAAGCUGUUCGGUUGAAGCGCCUCGGAAUGCUAAGCAAGGAGACGUGGAAGGAAUUGUUGCUGCAUGAGUCGACCAAAGCAACGGCCACGCUGCGAAAUUCUCUAGGGCCCCAGCUCGACAUGUACAAGCAGAGCACUGCGAAUGCGUUCAUGUCCACGUUCCACACGACCAACAGCCACGACCCGAAGCCUGCGAACGACAGUACGGCCUUGACUGCGAUUGCGGCGGAAUCCUUCGCCCUCGAUCAACUCGCAGACAUGGCUCUCAACGAAGGAGCACUGUUUGGAACUUUGCGUUUGCAAGCGCAGCAUGUGCUGCUGCGUCAGGCGCUGCAAGUUGUAAACGCGUUCCUGAUCAUCGUGUCCGUCGUGUUUCUCGCCGUCGGUGUCGACUUUAUCCACUUCCUCGGGAACACGACCCACAGCGUUGUCCUGGUGCUGUAUGGCCCCACGGUGGGCACGUUCUUUUUGGCGUUUGGUUUGGCUCUGGCGGCAGUCGCUUUGCUCGGGAUCCUCGUCGCGUACCGCAACACGUCCAGUCGACUUCGAGGGCUGUACAUGUUUCUCAUGUUUGUACUCUUGGUUGGCGAGUGCGUGGUUCUCGCAAUCGCGUACAAGCACUUGGUCGACCUCGAAUCCUUUCCGCAGACGACGCGCGCCUACCUCCAGACGCUCUGGGGCGGCUUCUCCAGCACAAUUCGAGGCGAUAUACAAACUCAAUUGGGUUGUUGUGGCUUUGUCGCGACGACGGACGCCCCAGUCCUGCCGUGUCCGGAAGAGUCCAUCCAAGACAGCGCGGCGCCUCGCACGUGCUUUCGCGUGCUGACUGUGGCUGCAUCAGCCUUGUUUGAGAACGUGCUGUCGUCGUUGGGUGGCGUCGUCAUGAGCCAAAUCGUCGCAUUGGCCAUCGCAAACGUCCUCGUGCGGUGGGAAAGCAUUCGUAUCGAAAACCUGUCUCAAGGCGUCAAGGGCGACACAUCCCUGUUCACCAUCUUUCUGCGUUGCACGCUUCCAGUGUGCUGCCAUUUGAGCGGGUGCAGCGUCGUGCUUGGAAUUGCGGGAGGGCUCGACGUCCUCCUCGAAUGGGACUUGUUCUCGCUCGCGUCGGCGUCUGUCUUCCUAAAGCUAGAAGUGGGCUUGCCCCUUGUUACGCUCAGUGGCUUGUACUUUUUGCUUCACACAAUGGGUGGGUGGGCAUUAGCAGGAGUCCAUGUGAGACCGAUGAAGUGGUUUGCUGUCGGCCAAGUCGUGCUGUUGGUGGCUGGUGUGUGUUCGUCCAUUGCUCUGUACACGGUGGCGUCGAAUCUUGGGUCGUACGCCAACCUGCAAUCGAUGGUCGAAGCCCGCUACGUCGCGUUGCCUACGCAUAGCAAGUUGCAUUUGGAAACAGCACUCAUGUGUUGUGGCUACAGCAUGCAAUCCCAAGGCACUUGCACAUCGAGCACGCUCCCCCUCUGCGCUGCGCCUAUCACAGCUGCGGUCCAACAGUUCUGCCUGACGACUCUCAAUCGCAUGCUUGUGUUCCUAACGUCCCAGGCAUGCUUGUUGCUCUUCACCGCCGUCUUCCUGGCGCACCAAAACUCGCAUGUGGACACGAUGGCGCUGACCCUGGACACCACCAACGAAUUCACCGACUCCACAAGCGUCGUCGUCACGCGCGUGUGCACCCAAGUGCUUGUGUUUGCUAGUGUCGUUGUCUUGUUCAGCGGGUGCAUCCUAGUCGCUGUUGCGUGCGACUUGCUUUUUGCAACCAACCUGGUUACUGUGUCUGCAGCCUUGGUCGCCUUCAGCUACCACGCUGGAACGUACACGUUGCUCCUUGGCCUAGCUGUGUUGACCGUUGGUAGCCUCGGCAUCUACGCCGGACUCACCCGUCGCAAGAAGUGGUUGUGGGCGCUAGCUGUUGUACUUUGCGGUGUCGCUAUUUCACUCUUGUCACUCUUUGCGGCUGCCUAUCGCAUCGAGCACCCGCAAACGCCGACGGCACUGAAUGCCACGUUGCUAUCAACAUGGACCGACUUUGCGCCGUCGACCAAGCUCUUUGUUCAAGAAGCAUAUUCGUGCUGUGGUUUCGCCGAAGUUGUCGCGGCGGCGGGUGAUGUCACGUUUACGCUGCCGUACCUAGAGCCCACAUGGGACGAUGCCAACAACCUAACCAAUGUUGUGUACACGCCGCACUGCCCGGACGAAGCGACAGAGGGCUGCAGCGUGUUUAUGAUGGAAACGUUGACUCAAACCGCCGCCGUCGUCACCAGAUCAUCUGUGGCGCUGUGUGCGCUGCUGGCGAUUGUGUUUCUUGCCACGGGGGUGCUCUACUACCGUCAAGGGAAGAAGAAGCCUGUGACAUGGCAAGUUUGGAUCCUGCAGGUUGUCAUGGUGGUGGUGGCGUCCGGCGUGGCGCUGACGUUGCUUGGUUUAGCGCUAGUCGGGGUCGACGUGGCGGCCGGGACGACUGUGUUCACUUCUAGCGUCAUUCAAACCCUGUUUGGACAUUCUCUCGGGGCCCUUCUCGUCGUCUGUGUCACGUAUGCGUGCGCCGUCACUUCCUAUGGCGUGUACGGGUCGAUCCAACAGAUUUUGCACGUGGUGUUCAUCUACAUGGUCCUCACGUUCGGCCUUGUUGUACUCGGGUGGAGCUCGGUGGCCAUCGUGAGUUCGAUGACGACGUCCAUGUCGUCGUGGCAACCCCUCCUCGAUUCGACUCUCGACGCGCUCUGGACCGAUCUGUCUUUCGACGCGCGCAUGUUCGUCGCGGUCAGUCGGCAGUGCUGCGGCUACAACGACCCAGCGCCGGUUGGAGCGUUGUACAAGUACGAUCGAGCGACUUCCGCGGAUGGAAAGACCCUGGCAUGUCCACGCAACCUCCGCAUUGGAUGUCGAAGCGUCCUCCUGCAUGAUUCCGCCAUCCUCCUCGGCCAGCUUUUCCAACUCUUGGUAGCGUUUUCGACCUUGGAAACCGUUGCCCUCAUCACGUCGGCGUUCUUGCUGCGUGGUUUGUCCGUGCUGCACCGAGAUGUGUGGGUCGGCAUCGUCAAGAAGAUGCGAUGGUGGGGCGCCAAGUACCGCGACGACAUCGACCGUCGCCACGUGACGCUGUCACUGUGGAAGACGUACGACGCAAAGUUCACCCGCCCGCAGCGCCUCACGUGCAUCUUGUGCGCUGUGACCACAUUGGCGUUUGUUGACGCCGCCGUUCAAGCCCGCUUUGGAUGCACCCGCAUGUCGAGCAUGGAUUGCCAGCCGCACUCGACCGCCGCCCUGCUCUCUCUGGGAUUUUUGUACAGCAUUGUGAGUGCUGUCGUUCAAGUGGCGUUUGUGAGGUUGUUUGUUCAUAUUCGCCAUCGCCAUGACGACGACGACACGGCCAAGAUUGCGGAGCGUCGACGGAAGGAGAAAGUGUACUUCCGUGAUGUGAUGCAGCACAGUUUGCAUGCACUGAUGGCCAAGUUGGGUCAUUUGACCAUGGUGACAUCCGAAGAGCGCUUUUACAGCUGGUUUGUCAACCAAGUCGACUGGGUGGCGUUUGUGCUGUGCUGGCUCCGCGUCUUCUUGGCUGUCGCCAUCCUCGUGUACAUGGUCCUCGGCAAGGUCGGGCUCGGAUUCUACAUGUUUGGGCUCGAAGUUCCUUCGUCCGUCGAUUUCGUCGCUGUGCCAGGGCUCAUGCUGCUUUCCGCCGUGGCAGUCUUGAUGUGUACGAGUUUCAAGCGGCGCAAGGUCCACUCGAGGUACACCCACAUCGGUCUGCGAGUCGCAACGGGGGCCAGCCUCGUUCUCGUCGCUCUCCUCGCGUUGGUUGUCUUCCUGAUCUUGCAAGCACUGGAAGAGCCGACGACCCCUCGCAACUGGACCAUGCGCAACACGGGAUUCAGUGUGGUGGAUGCGCUGCGGGAGCUUUGGCUCGCCGACACUUCUGGCGUCCUUCGUCUCCAGUGGCAGUCGCAGCUUGGUUGCUGUGGAUUUCCAGAGUUUCCUGCCAGGCCGUGUCCGCCCGGCCCGUCUUCGCUGCAGAACGUGACGGCGACUAAAGUCGACGGCACUAUCAUCACAAAGCGUAUCACGGUCGUGGAAGACUUGGAAGGAUGUCAGGGAAAGAUGGUCGCACAAGUGCAAACCGUGGCACAGAUCGUCUUGGCCGUGUUCAUUGUCAUGGGGAUCGUGGAGCUCAUGGUGGCGGCAUGCACGCACUUCCUCGCCCGUGAUAUUCUCAUUUCGUGGGAUGCCAAGCUCCGACGAGCGUCCGUGAAGAAGGGCGAUGCCCCUCCCCCCGAUGAAUUGUUUGACAUGUCACCGGCAACGAUUGCGCCGCCGCAGCGCGGUCGAAUCACGUCGUCAUUGGUCCAAUCGAGCAUCGACAACAUCAGCGUUGCCGUCGCGACUGCACUGGCGCAGACCCCGUUGUCGUCGCAGACUCGGCUCCAGCCCAUGGCCCAAGAGAAACUCCAGCGAAAACUACGCAUUCGGUACCCGUCCUGGAUUGUCAAAGUGGUGUACGUUGUGUGUGGGCUGUGGUGCAUUGGGUUCGGCGGCGGUGCGAUCUGGGUCGCGUGGGAUCUGAGCAAUUUCGCGGCGCUGCCGUGGCUGGGAGUGUUCGUGUGGAGUGCAGUGCUGCAUGGCGUUGUGGUCGAGCCAGCGUACGUGUUUGGUGUGGUCGUUUCGAAGACGUUGUCGGCGUGGUGGAAGCAGACUUGGAUGGCGGCGCUCAUUGGCAUGGGCAAGGCGAUCCUGCAUUUGGACGACGCCACUCCAGACGAAGCGACGACUAUCAUGGAUCCGUUUCUGCGCAUUCGCCACAGUUCGGCAAUCGUGAUUCAGCGGCGGUGGGUAGCCAAGCUCGCUCGUUUAAGGUACCUGGUCAUUCUCCGCGUUGCGCGAGAGAACGCUCAUCGCGUCGCCAUUGAAUCCCGCGCCCGCCAGAUUAAAGCAGCAAUUGCUGGUUUCACGCGCGAGGAAGUCGACGCGUUUGCUGUGCUAUUUCGAGACGCAGACCAUGCGAAGACAGGCUUGGUCUCGUACAAGGUCGUGUCCCAAGCCGUGUACGCGCUGGGGGUAAAGGUUCCAACAGCGGUGGUGAAGCAAUACCUCGAGGCACUCGACCCGGGCUUUGUCGACCUCAUUGACCAAGACUACUUUAUGUACGCCAUGUCGUGCAUUCGGGGGUACCACCAAGACCAGCAAGUGGCGAAUCUCACGACGGACAAGCUCGUCUUGUCGUCGUCGCUGGAAGGGAAGACCCAAGUGAAGAAGCAGAACAUGCUUCGCGAUCUAAAAGACAAACGAACGACCAUUUCCAAGCAGCUCAUGAACAAGGUGGAAAGAUUGACGUCCAAGUUACGUGCCGACUCCAACGAGAUAGUCACCGCCGUCGUCGACGACGCCAAGCCCUCCGGCGCAUACGUCCUCCUCAACACGAAGAAGACGCUUGGCAACGCGUCCCCGCCACGAGUUGGUCAUGUACGUCAGGCCACACUUGAAGCGUCCAACAUGACUCAGCUUGGCACCACGGGCGAUUCAAAAAUCAAUCGCGACGUUGACAGCACCGCUGCUUCCCCAGAACAGGUACAGACAGCUGUGCGACCGACGCCCAAAGCAAUGCUGUCUGUGCGUGCAACCAAGGACAUGGAGAAGGCCAUCCAUCAAAUGAAGCUCAAACAAAAGAGCAAAAAGUAA